GUGACCAUCUCUUUGCAUCGAGAGUGGAAGCCAAAAGGGCAGCCAGCGCUGCAUCGAUUCAUCGAUUUGGGCUUUACGUCACCGCUUGCAUCGCCUCCGACGCGUUGGGGCUGCCUGUCGCAUCGCUAAGGUCGCACAAUACACAAGGGCAGCAUCAAAGCUGCUCCAGUCCCUUGCGAGGCGGGGAGACUCUCUAGCUCGACGCGUCACGACGGCACGCUGUCGACGCCAUGGCCUUCCUCUUCGCGGACCGCCCCGCUCUCCUGAAAGACUUGGACAACGAUGAAGCCCGAGUGAUCGAAUAUGAGCGUGUAAGGGACCGCUGGUUCGCAUUUACCGUACCUUUCUCGAUCGCGCACGGCUGCGUCGUCACGUUGAUCACUUAUGCUUCCACGGUGCAGGGCCCGGAGCUGGCCAAUUGUGGCUUGGCGGCCUUCUACGCCUGCUAUACGUUGAGUGCGCUGACAUUAGCGACGGUGUUCGUCGAUAGAGAAGGACCUAGACGGUCGAUGCUUAUUGGAUUUGGCGCGUACUGCGUCCUCGCGUUCUCCUACGCGCUCUACUCGCUUUCCCAAAAUGCCGUCACGUUCGCCAUUGUGAUUAUCGCCUCGGCCGGCGGUGGUAUCGGAGGCGGCCUGAUCUGGGUCUCGCAGUCGCGGCACUACGCCGCCAUGUGCAAGGACGCGGCGGGGCCCGCGCCCAACAACUUCGCUUCCAGUUUUGCCUUCUGGUACAUCGGCACGGAAGGUGUGGUGAAACUCGCGACGGCGUCAUUCUUGACGCUUGUUGAUGAUUUAACUGUGGCAUGCACGACCCUAUUCAUUCUACUGGUCGCGGCUUAUGGUGCGAUGGUUUUAAGACCCGAGUCCUGCGGCUUCGCGACCGAUGAUGAAGGUGAUAUCAUGAACACGAUGCGAAGCGUCUCACUAUCAUCAAUCGGCAGUGUCGCCAAGGCCCACGCCGAGGACCCCCGCAUCAUACCGCUCUCGCCGCCCUGGCUCGCGUUCGGCUUCUCGUCGGCGGCGUUCACGUCGUGGUACGCCGGGGUGGUCUCGACCUACCGGCCGAACGCUUUGGUGGGCUUCGCGGCCGCUGAAGUUGCUUUAGUGGCCGGCGCAUUGGCGCCCUUGUUUGGGUGGCUCGCGGCGCGGUUUGGGUUGCGGGCGCCCGUUUUGUUGGGCGCGGCGUCCUACGCCGUCCUAGGCAUCAUCAUGGCCGUAGCUGGUAUGGAGCAAAAUUUGACGGACAAUGGGUCGUUGUGGGUCUACUGCUUCUUUAUUGGGGCGGUCCGGUCGUUCUACGAGAACACGUCGAAGAUGUUGGUCGUCGAGUUUUUGGACGACGCGCCUUCACUAGUGAAUAGAGCCAUGGCGGCGAUGUAUUUCCACAACGGCAGCGCGUCCACAAUCACCUUCCUCUGUCUGUUGAUCCCGGCGAAUCCUUAUAGAGGUAUUGGGUAUGCGAUGGUCGGCUUCGGUCUGUUGAUCGGCGCCGGGUUUUUGCGCCUACGCUCGCUGAAGGACACGGAAACGGGGUACACGCUACUCGCCUAGUCGACGACGCGCCCGCGCCGCUGACUGGUUCUCGUUCCUCGAGCGCGUCGCCGCGGGGGAGGUCGUGUGGCCGCGUCACGGUUACUAACAUGUAUUUUGUACGG